GCCUCGUUGAGUUGAUACAUAUACAUAGAAGGAGUUUGAUAAGAAUAUUAAUAUGGACAAGUGGCUUGUCCUGUUUGUUGCCGUAGCGGCAUUGUCAAGUAUAAGCGACGCGUACAAAAUCUUAGUUAUAUUUCCGUUACCAGGCAGAAGUCAUGGUAUUCUCGGUGUUAAUGUGGUCAACCAUCUGCUGCAGGCAGGACAUGAGGUCACAUAUAUCACACCUUUUCCAGUCAAGGAUCCUCAUCCAAAUUUACAACAAUUAGAUGUUAGUGCGAACUUUGAUAUCAUGGAUGAGAAUCUUUCAGACGUGAAAAGAAUAUUAAACAAAGAAAUAGACUUUAGUAAUCCUAUGACAAUGUUUCAAUUCACAAUUGAUUUAUUUACAAAAACAGUUGAGGAUCCUAAUGUUGUAAAAGUAUUUAAUGAUACAAAUCAAAAGUUCGAUGCGGUUGUGGCCGAGUGGAUGUUUACCGACAGCUAUGCGGGGAUAGCUACUAUAUUUGAUUGUCCCUUAAUCUGGUUCUCCACUAUCGAUCCACAUUGGAUUGUACUUAGUUUAAUUGAUGAAAGUACAAAUCCAGCCUAUGUGCCCGACAGUCUCUCAAGCACGAUACCACCAUUCGAUUUCAAAGAACGAGUAACCGGACUCUUCAUACAGAUUGUAUGUUCAGCAUUCCAAUAUUUUUAUUGGGAUGGAGUUGUUGAAGAGUCAUUUAGAAACGUGAUUGGGCCAUACAUAACGCUGAGAGGAAAAGAAAUACCUUCAUUCUACGAUGUUAAUUACAAUGUAUCCCUAUUUCUAGGGAAUUCUCACGUAUCUUUAGGACAACCAAUAAGAUUACCGCAAAACUACAUACCAAUUGGAGGAUACCAUAUAGAGACAAAAGUAAAACCACUGCCAGAUGACUUGCAAAAACUGUUGGACAAUGCGAAGAAUGGCUUGAUUUACUUUAGCUUGGGAUCAAACGUGAAAAGCAAGGAUCUCCCAGAUAAUUUGAAAUAUGGAUUCUUGAAAAUUUUCAGUGAACUAAAGCACACAGUGCUAUGGAAGUUUGAGGAAGAUCUUCCGAAUUUACCUAAAAAUGUUCAUAUAGUUUCAUGGGCGCCGCAACCAAGUAUAUUAGCACAUCCAAACUGCAUACUGUUCAUCACACACGGCGGGAUGCUGUCCACAACCGAAACUGUUCAUUUUGGAAAACCCAUUAUUGGAAUUCCAGUGUUUGGUGAUCAGUUCACUAACAUCGAAAGAGCCGUGAAAAGAGGGUUUGCUAUAAAAGUAACUCUGUCUUACACAAUGUUGGACGAGUUUAAAGCAGCUAUUGAUGAAGCUCUCAGUAAUCCCAAAUACAAAAAUAAAGCGAAGGAGCUCUCAGCAAUUUACCACGAUCGUCCCAUGCCACCUGGUAAGGAGUUGGUGCACUGGGUGGAGCACGUGAUACGCACGGGAGGAGCACCGCAUCUUCGAUCCCCGGCGCUACACGUUCCGUUCUAUCAGAAAUACUAUUUAGAUCUAUUAGUACUUAUUGUAACAAUCAUUUUAGUAUUAGUACUUGCAGUAAAAUUGUUAUUGCGAGUAUUUUUAAUUAGUAAGAAAGAUUUAAAAAAGAAAAACCAAUGAUAGGUACAUGCUAUAAUUGUGAUAAUGUUAGAUGUAAUGUAGAAUAUAAAGCGA